AGCCCAGCCAAGAAUUUGAACUCUCAAAUUGGAUCAAAAUUUAGCAUUGAUCUUGCAUUGGUAUCUGAUGAAAAUAAACCCCAAAUCUCCCUCCCUCUUCGCGCGCCUCUCCUCUCUAUAUUAGCUCUGGAGAUCAGCGUUCUUCUUCCGCUGUAACGAGUUCUUGUCUGCACCGAGCGCUUCUCCUUCACCAACGGGCAAACACUGGCGAGGAAGACUGCUAUUCGCUUCUUUUCAGCAAGUAGCGCUUCUCAACUAUUGGAUAUAAAAGCGUAUCAGCUUCAGCAGUGUCAGUGGGAACACUUGUAAGGAAGAGGGAGUGAAGUAGAAGAAAAUGGAAGGGAUGGAGGUCCCAAUCAUGGGCAGCGACUCUGUCAAAUGGACGGAAGUGUCUGUGCCGUCUUCUUCUGGUGAAAAUUCCAUCGUUCCUCAUUCCGACGGUCACUCUACCAGAACUGCUACUACUGCUUUCGCUCCUUUAACCCGGGAUACCGCUUCCUGUUCCGUCAUCGGAGAUCCUCCUCUAUAUCUCGUUUGGAGAAUCCACAAGGUCCGACCUCACACUCUCGAGUUGGUCCAGCUCUCUGCUGGUGAAGAAUUCCCUGCUACUGGCCUCCGUCUCAACUUUCCUCAUGGCCUUUCUCCUUUUGCCUUUAUCUUUAAAGAUCAGAUAGGUAGCACUUCAAGGAACUUCUGCUCACUUUAUGCGUUAACUGUGACGGGAGUUGCUUACCUGCUUAAACUUUCAAGCAUUUCUGCCUAUGCAUCUUGUUCUGUUUUCCCACAAGAUGAUUUUGUGGAGGUCAAUCUUCCAGCUUAUUCCAAUUAUGAGCCUGUUACAAGUGUCACAGCAAUGCCGGGAUGUCUUGUUGUUGGGAGGGGUGAUGGAUCUGUUGCUUGUUUCCAACUUGGCACGCUUCACCAAACUGCUUCUGGUUUUGUCCAUGAGCUGCGGGAUCAUUCAGCAAUUGGUCGAUUGUGGGGCCUUGUGUCAAGGGGUAGGAUGGCAGGGGCUGUUCAAGAUUUGGUGAUAUCGGAGGUGCAGGAGAAAAAACUUCUUUUUGUGCUUCAUAUUGAUGGGAUUAUACAAGUGUGGGAUCUUUUGUGCUAUAGCAGGGUUCUUGGUCAUAAGUUGACAAUUCCAACGCUGGAUGGGGCUUCAUAUUUAAGGUUAUGGGUGGGUGAAGUUGAUUGUGAUUCUGGGGUUAUUCCUUUGGCAGCCUUGUAUAAAAGAACAAUGGAAGGUAGCAUUGAUAUGAUCAGUGUCUAUAGUCUCCAUUCUAGUUUUGGCGACAGGAUGACUUUGUCGCUGGAGUCCACAAUGCAAACUAUCAGUUUGGAAGAGGGGGCCCACAUUGAUGUCAAAGUUGCUUAUGACAAGAUAUGGAUAUUGAAGGAUAAUGGGCUAGUAUUUCACAAGUUAUCUUGUAUGAAUGCUGCUAAGGAGGAAGCACGGUGCUAUGCUUUGCAAGAGGAUUUUGUCGCUGAUCAGCUAUUUCAAAGUUUUGAGCAUUCUUCAGAUGAUCUUCUUUUGAUCAUGCAUUCAAUUUUCUCAUCUGCAAAGGAACAAAUCAUGCCAUUUGUAUCUUCUAUUUUCUUACGCAGGCUUUUUCUUCCAGGAGUUUAUAAUAAUAAUGUUCUACGGGCAACGUUGCUGGAUUAUAACAAGCACUGGACUGACUCAGAGUUUCAGUCCUUAAAUGCAGAUAGACUCAAAACCGAGAUCAUUUCACUGGUUGAACAUGAGGGUUUUUCUGAAAGUUCCAUGUCAAUUUGCUGGUGGAAGAGUUUUUGUGCUAGGUAUUUCCAUUACUGGUGCAAAAGCAAUGAACCACUUGCUUUGCUUGUCCAGUCUUCAGAAGGAGUUGUUGGUUUAAUCAGGAAGCAUUCUUUGUCUUUGUUUCGUGACUUGGAAAAAACUGAACUGCUUGUUGAUGGUUCUUCUGAUGAACUUGGUGAUCCUGUAAACUUUGGUGUGGAUUUACCUGAUGAUGAAGAUGAGAUUCUCACUGAAGUUAUUAGAUGCAUCACUAGAAUAAGCCAACAAUUCGGCAAAAGCUCCUCUGCUAUAUUUUAUGAAUCACUUUUUGGCACACCUAGCAUUUCAUCUGAGGAAAUUAUCCGUCGCCUACUGAAGAUUCUGCAAACAGGAGAUUAUUCAUCACUAGCUCUGAAUAAUUUGUCAGACCUUAGUGCUGAUAUUGCUUGGGAGAAGGAACUGUCAGAUCAUAGAUCUCUGAGAAAAUUCUCUGUUGACAUGCUGUUGUCUCUUCAUGCGCUGCUUAAAAAAGCUGUUUACUGGGGAAAAGUCUUGAAUGUAAUUGAGAGCUAUCUACAAUUCCUAGUUCCUCAAAAAACAAGACACAACAGUGGUGCUGAAACAAUAUUCAAUAUAGGCAGUUCCAUCCUGGUCCAGAUGACUUCCCAGAUUGCAAAGGUGAUGUUUGAAUCUGCAUGGAGCAUUCUACUCUUUGUAAACUAUCUGGUGAGCAUAAGUGGGCAGGUCAUGGGAAGGAUGUUUCCAGUAGGUAGCAGGGCUGCGUGCUCUGAACAGAACCACCGGCUUGAAUGGCUGAGCAAAAAGGCGGUAGUGCGGCUCUUGACAACCUGGACAAAGAUGCGCGUGGUAGGAGGGGCCUUGGCUAGUUGUGUGCGCGGCUGGCUGUGUGCAGGCAAGGCAGCUAAGCACGCAGUUGCGGCAAGGCUAGUCGGGCUGGGGUUGUGCAGGUACAGGCGUGCAGUUCUGGCGACUGGUGACUGA